UUAACAGGGAUUUGGAGUUUUUAUGUUAAGAAUGUUCCUUCAGUCUUAAUAUAUUAUUCACAAGAAACAGUGAUAUUUAUAUCGUGAUAAAUAGUUACUGCGUUUGAAGGUAACGUACUGAUUAUAAAUUAUAAAUUGAGAUAUCAAUCAAGCUCAAACUGACACGUGUCGAGACUCCAGAACCGAAUCGAGUCGAACCGAGCCGAAUCAAACCGCCAUUCCAGUGAAUUACAUACUGGCAUGAUUUUACAUUAUUGUAGAACACAAAAGUACAGGAAAAAAUGAUGAAUAAUAUAAUAUUUCUUUAACACGUGAGAGAGAUCAACAUUUAAAGUCUAAUCAGCGGUAAAUAUGAAAAAUACUUUUAGCAUUGACAACUUUCAUUAUAACGAUGAAUAAAGCGUCCAGCAAAAGGAUUAUACAGUAGAAAAAUAGAAGAUUGACCGAUCGUAUACAUAACACACGUACACAUACACACGUACACAUACAUACACAUAUACAUGUAUAUAUUUAUUGAAUUCCAUGAAUAUAUACCUAUCACCUAUGUCGGCGUUGCGGUAGUUCUUGAUGUGUAAACAAUUUGUCGAAAUGCACGUUUCAUUUGGGACAAUGAUUUAUUAUGUAAACCGCACAUGAGGCGAAGGCUAUGGUGAGAAAAAAGUGUAUGAGAUUUCCUCGAGUUUUUGCAACGGAUGGUGGUUCUCGAAAAUGACUGACUCUGCCUCCUCUACUUUUGUCAGAAUAAUUAGCAACGUAGUGACUUUACUGAAAUGUGUUGCUCGAACGGCAUUUGUGAUAUUAAACAAUGUCUAUUGUAUACCUACAUAUGUAGUAUGGAUGAUGUUAUUGUUUCCUGUGAAAGUAUAUCAACCUCAAGUAUAUUGGCGAAUCGAAGGCCUAUUUUUCCACUGGUUGUUGGCAAUGGUAUCAAUGUGGACUUGGUCUGCAGGUUACGACAUAAUAGAACAAGGUGAUGACAUACAGCAGAUUAUAAAUGAAAAAACAUUAGUUAUAGCAAAUCAUCAGAGCACUGGUGAUGUUCCUAUAUUAAUGACAACAUUUAAUGCCAAACCAAAUGUUUUACCCAAUUUAAUGUGGAUAAUGGAUAGGGUGUUCAAAUUUACUAAUUUUGGGAUAGUUUCUAUAUUACAUCAAGAUUUCUUUAUUGUAUCGGGCCGUAAACGAAGAGAAGAAAGUUUAAAACAAUUAGAAAAACAUCUUAAAGAGUCUUACAUACCACGGGAUAGAAAAUGGAUGGUACUUUUCCCAGAAGGAGGUUUUCUAUGCAAAAGACGGGAAACUUCACAAAAAUACGCUAAGAAAAACAAUUUACCUAUUCUUGAAAAUGUGACUUUGCCAAGGGUAGGAGCUAUGCAAAUGAUAUUUGAUACUCUUGGACCAAUAUCAAGCAGGAACAUGCAGGAUCAACAGUUAAAUUGUCGACCAAAUAUGACAGUAGCUAAACCAGAAAUUAGUUGGAUUCUUGACAUAACAAUAGCGUAUCCACAAGGUAAGCCGCUUGACUUGCCUACUAUUAUAACUGGUUCAAGAUCUCCAUGUGAAACGGUAUUAUUUUAUCGACUAUUUCCUAGUUCAGUGGUUCCUCGUGAACCAGAACAAUUAUCUAAAUGGUUGUACGACAGAUGGGUAGAAAAAGAAGCACUCUUGGAGCAUUUUUAUAAAUAUGGAACGUUUCUUGGUACAAAAGGAUCAGAUGGAAGUGGUUCCAAAGUACAUCAGGAUCCACUAAGAUUCCUAGUCCUUCAUUUAUUCUUCAUAACAUCUAGUUAUAUUCAUUAUAGUAUGCUUGCGUACAUGCUAUCUUGCUUUUGGUAAGAUAUUUUAUACAUCAUGUACAAUGAUCAAUGUUUAUAAAAGGAACUCACAGAGUAACGAAGUAAGAUAUCCUUGCCUUAAACGAACACUGAUACCUAUGAGAACAACUCUAAUGAACAUGUGCGAAUUAUCAAACUUAGCAAGCAAACCAUUAUAAAAAUCGCUUGUGACCAUUUAUUUUUAUUUAAUAUAUAAUACAAUUGAGAAAACUAUUUAAAUAUUUACAAUCUUUGUUCUAUAGAUUAAAGCUCAUAAAAUUAGCAUGUUUUGA